AUGGCAACCGCCCUGCAAGGCUGGCACCCCGGCGAAACAAAACUGCACAACCUCCUGCACUUCCCGGACAGCAUAGCGGCAAGCUACGUCGUUAUUGAAUCCCAGCUUCGAGAACAACAUCGCAUCUUCCACACCUCGAACCUCCCAUUCAUUCCGCUGACAGUCAUCGAUGAAGAUGGGCGGCCGUGGGCAGGAAUCGCUGCCGGAUCUGGGGAGAUCGGGUUUGUUACGAGUCCCGAUCUGAAAACGCUCGUUUUUGGACUUCACGUCUGGGAUGGGGACCCGCUCGCGGAGCUGUUAGAUGGAUGGAGUGGGAAGGCUGAGGAGAGAGCGUUGACGGCGGGUUUAGGCAUUGAGUUCAGCACCAGACGGAGGAAUAAGUUUGCUGGGUCUGUGAGGGGUGUUCGUGCUGUUGCGAAGGAGGAGUAUGUGGUGCGUGUGGAGGUCAAUGAGGCUGUUGGAAACUGCCCCAAAUACAUCAACACCCGCCAUCUAAUCCCUCACCCAAACGCAAAUCCCACGAUCGCCCACCGCGUGCAGUCGAUGCCACCGGACUCCCAACUCCCCACCGAGGUCAUCAACAUGAUCACCUCCGCGGACACAGUUUUCAUCGCAAGCAUCUACAAAGCCGACCCCGCCACGGCACGAACAUACCCCUCGCACGCAGGGAUGAACGCUCGCGGCGGACUCCCGGGCUUCAUCCGCGUGCUCCCCAGCGACGGCCACACAGUCGUCCUGCCAGACUACUCGGGUAACAGAUUUCUCUCGUCGUUGGGGAACAUCGAAGCUUCCGGUGUUGCAGGAUUCACCAUCGUAGACUUUGAGACUGGCGAUGUACUCUACCUUACGGGGAACGCAAAGAACCUUGUUGGCGAGGAGGUGGGGAAAGUCAUGAAGAGGCAUGCUGGGACCGUUACAGUGCUGGAAGUCACAGGUUACACGCUGGUGAAGGACGCGCUUCCGGUACGACAAGCGCCGGGGUCAGAGGUCGGAAGGAGUCCGUAUAGCCCUAAGGUGAAAUACCUGGUCGAAGAGGACGAGCAAGGCGGUGCUGGCGAUGCUGCGCACAAAGCACGACUCGAAAGCGCCCGGCAGCUUUCCCAUGAUCUCGCCGUCUUCAGAUUCAAAGUAGAGUCUAAGCAACACGAGGCGAAAACCCUCAGCAUCCGCCCCGGCCAAGCCAUCGUCCUCGACUUCAUGGACUGGCUCGGCCCACCGACAUACCGGCAUAUGGCAGACACUGCGCCCGGCUCAAUCAACGACGACAGAGUCCGGACGUGGACUGUCUCGAGCGCUCAUGAGGAUAACAAUGUAGCGUGGUUUGAGCUGACGAUGCGGGAGAUGAAGGGGGGUGCAGUGACCGGUGCACUGUUCAAUAUUUUACGAAGACACCCCCGGACACUACGGCACCAGAUUCACAUUGCCGACUCUGUGGUGGCUGAUAUUGUCGGCGUCACGGGUGACUUUGUUCUCAGCAACGAUGAGCUCGACGUCCUCUGGGUUGCUGGUGGGAUUGGGAUCACGCCGUUCCUUGCCAUGCUUGAUGCGCUGGUGUCAAGGGAAAACGCCAGCGGGGAUAUCAUCUUCGCUUUGUCGACGCGGGAGCCAGAUAUCCUGCUCGAGCUGCUUAGGAAGAUUUUGACAGAUUUCCCUAAGAGAGUUCCCAAGCUUACGAUCACCCUUGACUUGUUCACGCGGGCUCCGGUGGGAACUGAUAUUAGGGCUGCUGCCUACAAUACGGAUAACAUCCGGGUACGCAUUCACGAGGGUCGGAUUAUACCGGAGUACUGGGAGACUGUCCCUAAUAUUACCGGUAAAGAUGUGUUCAUUUGUGGUCCGAAUGGGUUUGGGAAUGUGGUGGUUGAUGGUCUUAGGGCUGUGGGCGUGUCCAAUGAGAGGAUUCAGAGGGAGGGGUUUUAUUAG